AUGUCAUCAACUACCAAGGACAACACCGUCAACGGUGAAGGCAUUUCCAACCCCAAGCCUCACAAUGCUGCUCUGCCUUACCAGUCUGUCGGCGACUUCCUCUCCAACACCAACAACUUCAAGAUCAUUGAGAGCACCUUGAGAGAGGGAGAGCAAUUUGCCAAUGCCUACUUCGACACAGAGACCAAGAUCAAGAUUGCCACAGCUCUCUCCGACUUCGGUGUUGAGUACAUCGAGUUGACUUCACCUUUGGCUUCUCCCCAAUCGCGCAAGGACUGUGAGGAGAUCUGCAAGCUCGGCCUCAAGGCCAAGAUCCUUACCCAUGUGCGAUGCACAAUGGAAGAUGCCAAGGUCGCUGUCGAGACCGGAGUCGACGGUGUUGAUGUCGUCAUCGGCACUUCUCAGUACUUGAGAGAGCACUCUCACGGCAAGGAUAUGGCUUACAUCAAGGAGUCUGCCAUUGAGGUCAUCCGCUACAUCAAGAGCCAAGGCAAGGAGGUCCGCUUCUCGUCUGAGGACUCAUUCCGAAGUGACCUUGUCGAUCUUCUCAGCCUUUACCAAGCUGUUGACAAGGAGGGUGUUCACCGUGUUGGUGUCGCUGACACAGUCGGCUGCGCUUCUCCUCGUCAAGUUUACGACCUCGUCCGCACCCUUCGUGGUGUUGUUGGCUGUGAUAUCGAGUGCCAUUUCCACAACGACACUGGUUGCGCCAUCGCCAACGCUCACGCUGCCCUCGAGGCCGGAGCCACCCAUAUCGACACCUCAGUUCUCGGAAUCGGCGAGCGAAACGGUAUCACCCCUCUCGGAGGUCUCUUGGCCCGUAUGAUUGUCAACAGCCACGAAUACGUCACCACCCGAUACAAGCUUCACAAGCUCAAGGAGAUUGAGGAUAUGGUUGCCGAGGCCGUCGAGAUCAAUGUGCCCUUCAACAACUACAUCACUGGUUUCUGUGCCUUCACUCACAAGGCCGGUAUCCACGCCAAGGCUAUCCUCAACAUGCCCAGCACAUACGAGAUCAUCAACCCCGCUGAUUUCGGCAUGUCCCGAUAUGUUCACUUCGCCUCGAGAUUGACUGGCUGGAACGCCAUCAAGAGUCGUGUUGAGCAGCUCGGAUUGAACAUGACUGAUGACCAGAUCAAGCAAGUAACCCAGAGAAUUAAGGAUUUGGCUGAUGUGCGUCCUCUCGCUAUUGACGAUACGGACUCAAUUAUCCGAUCUUUCCAUUUCGAUCUUCAGAAGAACUAG